AUGGCACCAAUCUACUCUAAUAACCUUUACCAGCCACGCGACAGGAGUAAUAUAUGCAAGGCUGCCGGUGUUAAGGUUGUACCAUCGGUUGCGGUGGUGCAGAUAGCGCAGAAAGCCGGGUUCGAUGCUCUUUUUAUUGAUAUGGAACAUUCGACUUUGUCUAUUUACAACGUCAGUCAGCUUUGCACAGCGGGGUUGCUGGCGGGUAUUACACCCCUCGUUCGUGUUCCCCACCAGUGUGGGAAUGGAAUGGUACAAAAAGUCCUCGAUGGAGGUGCCAUGGGCGUCAUAUUUCCACACAUUGACAGUAGAUCCGAUGCUGAAGCAGCGGUGUCCAUAUCAAAAUAUCCCCCUUGGGGGAAGAGAUCAAUGACAGGACAGCUCCCCCAGUUCUCCAUGGUGACGCGCCCAGUCCAGCAAGUCGUGGAUGAGAGCAACGCCAAUGGCUCGGCUGUCAUUGUCAUGAUGGAAACCGGAUUGAGUCUUGAAAAUGCAGAUACGAUUGCAAGUACGCCGGGGGUAGAUGUCCUCCUCGUGGGCUCUAGCGACCUCUGCAUUGACUUGGGUAUAUCAGGGCAAUUCGAAAGUGAUCAGUUCCGGGCAGCCUUGGAAACCGUUAAUAAUUCCUGCAAAAACCAUAAAAAACUGUUUGGUAUUGCUGGAAUCUACGAGGAUUCGAGUACAUUGAGCUGGGCCAUAAAGAAUCUUGAUGUGCGCUUUAUGUUAGGCCAGUAUGAUGCUUCCAUAGUAUCGAAAGGCUUCAAGCAGUGCGCCGAGUCUAUGAAGCAACUUGAAAGACUCUAG